AUGGUAGCAGGAUACAUCUGUCAAUAUAGUAAAAUUGGAAUGGGAUUUAAAGUUGAAAUGACUGCCUGUGAAGGUAUGAAAAGAUUUAAUACUAUUAUCAUUGUUCUAAAUAAACAAAAACAACAACAAACACCAAUAGAAAUUGAAGUAGUUUCUGCAGGUGAAGUUGUAAACAACAACAACAACAAUGAUCAUUAUAAUCCAACGUUGGUUGAAAUUGAUUCAACUGAAGAUAAUGACACCACUCCCCUAAUCUCUCAUACUCCAAAAGGUCUUUGGAGAUAUAAGAUCAUGGAUAAACUAUUUGAAAUUGGUAAUAGUAUGUUUGAGGCACCCUCUGAAAAGAUCAACACUUUGAAUCUCUCAAAGAAAAAAAGAUAUAUAUCGGAGCGUGCAGGUAAUAUGUUGGGUGUCUCUGGUAAUAUCUAUGAGAUACACGGACGUCGGUAUUCGGAGCGUUCUAAGAUUGCAGAGGGUGGAUUCGGUCUUGUCUACUUGGUACGCGAUGACUACAACCGACAAUACGCAUUGAAACGUAUGUUCAUUCAAGAGAAAGAUCGUUUAGAUACAGUCGUUGGUGAAAUAGGUAUAAUGCAACAAUUGAAAAAUCAUAAAAAUAUUGUAAAAUUGGAAGAUUAUAAAAUCGUUGAGAAUAGGGAGAAAAGAGAAACAGAGGUUCUAAUGCUAUUGGAGUUUUGCUCUGGUGGCAGUGUUUUGGAUAUUAUGAAUCAUCGUGGUGAACAAUCGAGAUUGUCCGAACGUGAAAUACUUGCUAUCUUCUCUGAUACUUGUAAUGCCGUUGCUGAAUUACAUUCUCAACAACCACCAUUUGCUCAUCGUGAUUUAAAAAUUGAGAAUAUUUUGUAUUGUGAAACAAGUUGUUGCUAUAAGUUGUGUGAUUUCGGAUCUGCCACCAUUAAGACUUAUGAUACCGGUGCCGAUUCCGAUAGGAAUAGAGCGGAGGACGAUAUCAAUACCUAUACUACGCUGUUCUAUCGUGCACCGGAGAUGGUCGAUCUCUACCGGCGUCAGGUGAUCAGUGAGAAGGUCGAUAUCUGGGCACUGGGUUGCUUGCUCUUCAAGAUGGCAUUCUAUGUCGAUCCGUUCGAUGGUGCCUUGGCAAUCAUGAACGCACGCUACCAGAUUCCAACCGGUUCUAGAUACUCACAGGCAUUCCACAGUUUGAUCGAGUUUUGUUUGGUAUCUGACCCCGAGCAACGUCCAUCGAUCUUUGACGUCAUGCAGAGACUUGACGAGAUUCGCGGUGGUGGUAGCGGUGGUGGAAGAAGACAAGGUUUACAAACAUUUGCAUCUCCACAGAAACAACAACAAAGUCGUCCACUUUCAAACUCUGAUCCAUCAUCUAGAGCUACUACCACUUCGAACAACUCGACUCCAUCGGUCUCAUCGCCUGCCUCCACUUCGAGCCGAUCGUCACCAGCAUCUACUCCAACUACCGCUCGUAAGCAGAAUCUCUUUGAUGUAUUGGAUUGGUCUGAUAGCAACGGAAAUCAAAGUGGUAACAGCAACAGCACCAAUUCCUCACGUAACGGUACUCCACAGCAAUUCCAAACGUCACCGACUUCAUCAACCAAUUCCUCUCAUAACAAACCACAACAAUCGUCAUUAAUAGAUGAUUUCGAUUGGUCUGUUUCAUCAUCUUCAACUCCACCGAUUCAACAACAACAACAACAACAACAACAGAGAAAUAACAAUAAUAACAACUUUACAUCUAAUAAUAACAACACAUUUGGUCAGUCAAAUGGAUUGAAUAAUAACAAUCAACAUAAUAGUAAUAACACUACUUUUAGUGGGUUUGUAUCAUCAUCGACAUCAUCAACAAACAGUGAAUUUGAUUUCGAUCCAUUCGGUCCAGCCACUACCCCUCUAAAACCAACAGCUGCUUCAAACUCCACCAAACCCAAGCAACAGGAUGAAAUUUCAUUUGAAACAGUCAAUACCAACUUUAGUAAUGUCAGUUUGAACAACAGUGGUAAUAACAACUACAAUAGACCACAGCAAAAUGGACAACAACAAUCAAGCAACAACACUUUCACAUGGUCCUCUUCACCUUCACCUUCACCUACAAUCAACAAUAACAAUAACAACAACAAACCAAAUGGUAUGUUCCAAUCAACUUCCACUCCAUCUACUCCACAACAACAACAACAACAACAGAACGGUUCAUUCAAUAGUUUCUUAAAGACUACUAGCAGUGCACCAAGUACUCCAUCACCAAUUUCAUCUAACAACAACAGCAUCAACAACAACAACAAUAACAGUAGCAGUUCUAACAAAUCUAAUUUCACAGCUUUUGAUCAACCACUAAAGCCAAUUUCAUCGACACCUGGAAGCACCAAACCGAAUUUAAAGAACAGUGCUGGUAGUUCCACUCCAUUACAACCAACUACCACACCACCAGUGAAACCAAACUACAAUAUCGAUUUAAAUUCUUUUACACAGUCCAAUUCCAAUAACAACUUUUAUGGACAUGCUUCUAACCUCAAAGCACAGGGUGCCAGUGCAAACAACAAUAACAAGCCAGCAAAUAACACCAAUGUCAAUCAAGCAUUCACAUUCGAUAGUUUUGCAAUGUAUCAAAAGACAAAACAAUAA